AUGGAGGAUGAAAUUGAUGAAUGUAUCAGAAAUCGAAUAGAGUGGCCACAACUACCUAUAGGUGUAAAGAAGCUAUUGGGUGAUUCUCCUAAAGAAUAUGAAAGAUACAUUUUUGAGUUUAGUAUUAAAAACCAACUGCGCUACAGAGGUAAUCUUGUGCGGACAGUUCGAAAAGAUGAGAGAAAGUAUUAUGAGGUCCUUGUGCAGGGCAGUAUACAGAGGCUCAUGCUCUAUCCCUAUCACCUAGCAGAUAUGAUUGUGAAAGGGUUACGAAUAACUCCAUUUAUAUACUAUGUGGAAGUAGUCGCCCUUUUGAUAGAAAUGGAGAAAAGCUAUGAUACAAUGCCCAAUUUUACAGCUGCUGAUUGUCUUCGUCUGCUCGGUAUUGGGCGUAAUGAAUAUCUAGAGCUUAUAGCUAAAGCACGAUCAUUAAGAAGGCGUGGACGGUCCAAGGCGAUCCGUGCGCUUCUGCCCCGAGUUCCUCUCAAUAUACCCAUGCUGCCCUGGUGGCGCGUUGAGUUAGGUUAUGUCCUUGAAGAAGAUGUAAAGCCUCUAUGUGAUAGCGAGAAGGCGUUAAUUGAUUUACUAAUAGACCGCGGGUCGCAAACUGCUGGUACUCUGGACUACAACGUCGUCAAAACAUUGUAUAGACGGGGCUUGAUCUAUCUGGACGUGCCGAUCACGGCUGCGGACAAAGUGUCUGUACCGCCACUGAAGGGUUUCGUAAUGAACCGAAUCGCAGGCGACUACUUCGAGACGUUACUCUAUAAGGUGUUCGUAUCUGUGGAUGAGCACACGAGCGUCGCCGAGUUAGCAGCGGUGUUACAGGUGGACUGCGAGCUGGUUAAACAAGCGAUAUCUUUGUACUGUAGACUGGGUUUCGCCAACAACCUAAAUCCACCGCCAGUCACUCCGCAGCACCCAUCCUGGAAGGAUGCCGUCACCACACACAAACAUCAACCAUACAGACAAAUAGCACCCCUGACGUUUGACCCUAAUGUAGAUGAAGAUGCAUUACAAAUGGAGCCAGUACUUAUAAAAGACGCACCGUCCACUUCAAAACAGAGUUCCCACGAUAUAUGUGAUAAUGCAACAAACAACAGCGGCCAAAGAGUGGCAGUUCUGUUUGAUUCAACUCUUGCUGCGUAUCUUAUGAUGGGUAACCUAUCACCGGAUCUUAAGAGUCAUGCGGUGACGCUGUUCGAAGUUGGAAAAUUAUGUGAUGAGAGCUUAGAUAGUUUACUUAUGGAGUUGGAUAAGGUCGUCGCUGAUCCAGAAAUUGAGGGCGAAGCCCGACGGUACCUAGCAGCCGCCGCGUGCCUGCGGAUAGCACUACGUACAUUAAGACCGAGUCUUCGUCCUCUUGAUUUGUUGCGAUGCGAAGCCUUACAUGCACUCGGACCUGCUGCGAGGGCACGUCUUUUUGCUACUAAAUAUAGAUUGGCGAUCUCAACUGCACCCUUAUCACGUGAAGCUCGAGCUGGUGCGGUGGCUGGGGCACUCCCUCAUGUGGGCCCCGCGCCUCCGGAGGCCUCGACCCCAUGGAUGCGCCUCUAUCUGUACCACGUUGCCGGCUACGGACCGCCCACGUUGCUGCUCACCAAAGGCACGGUGGUGCGUAGCGUGCCGCGCGCGCUUCUGGGGUUCGCGCGGCUGUGCGUGUGGUGGUGGGGCGCGGAGGGUGAGGGCGCAGCGCUGCCCGCCGCCGCCGCGCUCGCCGCCGCCAACUCGGCGCUGCGCCGCGCGCCCGUGCUGCUGCAGGCCGCCGCCGUGCGCCACCAGCCGCGCCUGCGCCACCUUGCCUUCCCGCCGCACGCCCAUGACGGGGCGGAGGCGGAGGCGCAGUCGCUGUGGCGGACGCACGGCGGGCUGCGGCGGCUGGCGCGGCGCCUGCGCCUGGCGCGCGCGGCCGGCUACGUGGCGCUGGCUGACAUCGGCGUGCCCGACCUGGGCUGCGCGCGCCCGCCGCCGCAAGUGCAGCUCGUACCACCGCGAAAGAAGAAAGAAGUGUGCGGUGUAGCAAAGCCUUUAAGCGAGGUUUCCUUAUCCUCUAACGAUUCGGUUGACAAAACAACGGAAUAUGCCAAGCCUGUUACUAAUAGAUUGCAAUCACCUAUAGAGUCCCAUUUUGCUGUUACACCUACAACAGAAAGCAAAACAAGUUCACCAGCCAAUGGUUUCACCAGUACCGAAGGUGGGAAACUGCUUUGUGAGGAACUCGAUAAUCUAAACAUCGAUGAUAAUUUAAUCCAUCGAAGUAAGGAAUCUAUUUGUGCCAGCGACGACUUCGUAGCGAUACAUUCGUCUUCGAACAGUAUCGAGGAACUUAAAAAGCAUGACCCUGAAAAAUCAAUAAGUAAGGAGUCGAUUUCAUUCUCCGACGAUUUAGUUCCAAUACACUCAUCAUCAACUAGUGUCGAGAAUUUGAAAUUUGAUUCGAAAAAGAAGGAAGAUAAUAAAAUAACGAGUCAAUUGAACGAUUUAUUGAGUCCUGCUGAGGAAUCUAUAUCGAUGUUUACUCAGUUGUCAGAUAAAUUGACGGAGAUUACUGAAGGAGAUAGCGGCGUUGACACAGCACACAAUUUCUCUGAUGAGGAGACAUGCAAACCGGAGAAAUGGACUAUUUUGGAUCUUCAAUUUGGCAUUCCAUUAUUUGAUGAGGCUCUUUGUGAGAGAGUAUGUCAAAGUAUUGUAGAUAGAAUAGCAAAACCAGACAUACUUGAAAAAAUUAAAGAAGACAACGAGUUUAUACGUUCGGAUGUACUAAAAUUUGUUUCGCAGUGUCAGUACUAUCCGGGCGAAGAUAUGGGCAUUGUUAAGCGCGGUACUCUAGUUCCCUUGCCGAGGAAGAAUUUGGUUUUUGAGAACGGGAGGAUUACCGAGUGGAACGGGAAAUGA